AUGGCCGCUGUUGCUGAGAACGGCCACGCGCCCGUGGCUGACGAGAACGCCGCCCCCGUUGCUGCCGCCGUCGAACAGAAGGAACAGACCGAGAAGACGAAUGGAGACUCUGUCACAGUAUUCCACGACCCCGAAAACUUCAAUGUGAAGCAUCCUUUGAUGCACGAGUGGACUCUGUGGUUUACCAAGCCCCCUAGCGGCAAGGGCGAUAACUGGAAUGAUCUGUUGAAGGAAGUCGUGACUUUCAACUCCGUUGAGGAAUUCUGGGGUAUCUACAACAACAUCUCGCCGACAUCCGAGUUGGGCCUCAAAGCAGACUACCAUCUCUUCAAGAAGGGAGUUCGUCCCGAGUGGGAAGACCCCCAGAACAAGCACGGAGGCAAGUGGUCAUACUCUUUCAAGGACAAGCGCUCCGUGCCCAUCGACGACCUGUGGCUGCACGCACAACUGGCCGCUAUUGGCGAGACUCUUGAGAACGACGGUGACAACGAGGUUAUGGGUGUUGUUGUGAACGUACGCAAGGGCUUCUACCGUGUUGGUCUGUGGACUCGGACUGUUGGCAAGAGUAUCCCCGGAGACAAGAAUGGUCGCACACCCGCACAGGGCAAGGAGAUCCUCGAGAACAUCGGCCGGCGCUUCAAGGAAGUCCUUCGUCUCAAGGAGGCUGAUGCCGUUGAGUUCUCGGGUCACACGGACAGCGCACACAGCGGCAGCACGAGAGCCAAGGCCAAGUACACUGUCUAA